UUUUUAACUCAUUACUAUUUUUUAGUUAUUGUAUCCAAACAUGGCACGCAGCAAGAAAAUGACUAAGCAAACAGAAUUUAAAUGCUCAUCCUGUCCAAUGACUUUUGACACUCUGUAUCAAAAAAAGAAGCACUCUAGGCACCACACUCCAGUUACAAUUAGUUUGGCCAGCGGCAGAGCGCACACACUGCAAUGGAAGAGUGUCGAUAAGCUUGGGUGUCCAUGUGGCAAGGCCUACUCUUACAACCAUAUGAAAGACAGACAUGCUCCAGUGUGUAGCGUACUUAACGCGGUUAAUAACAGCAAAGUUCAUAAAGACUCGGCUAUUGAUACCAACGCAGGUCCGCCUCCUUCAGAGUCUGCGUUGACUGCGCUGAAUUUAAAAGUUGACCGUUGUAGCGGCUUGAUUAUCUGCCAGACUUGCCACUACAUGGUAUCUCCCAUUGGCGUUUAUAAUCAUGUUUACAAAUGUCAGAAAGUCCACGGUCACAUACACAAGAUCAAGUUUAAUCAAGACAACAUUAAAGACGCGUGCCGAUAUAUGAUGUCAAAGGACUCGGGCGCCAUAUCAGACAGUGAAGUUCAGCGCUGGUUUGAGGAUCGCUUGAAACGUGUUGAUGUGCCGAUUCCGGGCAUCAGGGUCAUUGAAAAGGCGUAUUGGUGCGAACACUGUGGCUAUUCUGCCUGUAAAACUGAUGCUAUGCGCAAACAUUACCUUUUGCAUAAUUCGUCGUGGUAUUCGGCAAAUAUGGUUACUGGGCCUGUUCAGAAGCUUUCUAUUGGUAGUAUUACAUACCAAGAUUACAUUCGAGUUUGCAUUCCAGAUGCGGCCACGUAAAUUUCUAGUUAAUAAAAUCCGGUCACUCCAGAAACGCAGCGUUUCUUUUAGUAGCAAACAUUUAUAUUUUAUUGUUAGAAGAGCGCACCUUUGUUUUAUAAUAAUUAUUUUCUUUA